AUGAGCCAAUCAUUGCACUCCACCAAUUUGGACGGUAUUCUCCCAUUGAUUGCCAGGGGAAAGGUCAGAGAUAUCUAUGCUGUGGAUGAAGAAACCUUGUUGUUUGUUGCUACAGACAGAAUAUCAGCAUACGACGUUAUCAUGCAAAACGGGAUCUCCGACAAGGGCAAGAUCUUGACCAAGUUGUCUGAGUUCUGGUUCAGCUUCUUGGCCCAAAACAUUCCAAACCAUCUCAUAUUGUCCGACAACAACGAUGAGCACCUCUUUGCUAGGUUGCCCAAGGAGUUGUCCGAGCCUAAGUACAAGGCUCAAUUGUCAGGCAGAUCACUCUUAGUCAGAAAACUCAAAUUGAUUCCAUUGGAGGUGAUCGUCAGAGGUUACAUUACCGGCUCUGCCUGGAAAGAGUACAAGAAGGAGGGCACGGUCCAUGGCUUGACUGUCGAGCAGGGCUUGCAAGAGUCGCAGGAGUUUGCCAGACCUAUCUUCACCCCAUCCACCAAGGCUGAACAAGGAGAACACGACGAGAACAUCUCUCCAGAACAAGCAGCACAGAUCGUCGGCAAGGAGUUGUGCGAUAAGUUGGAAGUGAAGGCCAUUGAAUUAUACUCCAAGGCCAAGGAGUACGCCAAGAACAACGGCAUCAUCAUUGCUGAUACCAAGUUUGAGUUUGGCUUGGACAAGGACGAUAACUUGGUGUUGGUUGAUGAGGUCUUGACCCCAGAUUCGUCCAGAUUCUGGAACGCUUCCACCUAUGCCGUGGGCAAGUCACAAGACUCGUACGAUAAGCAAUUCUUGAGAGAUUGGUUGACUUCCAACGGCAUUGCUGGUAAGGAUGGCGUGUCUAUGGACGACGAGGUGAUCACCAAAUCCAAGGAGAAGUACAUCGAAGCGUAUGAAAGCUUAACUGGCAAAAAAUGGGCCUAA